AUGUCCCCUGGCAGCGCCACUACUCUGUCCACCUUGGCUUCUAAUGCAACACCCAGCACACAGGGCAGUACUUAUUCCACAGUCCCAAUUGUCUCCACCAGCUCGACCACUGUUACAAAGAUCACUCCUGCCUCAACACCUACAGCUCCAGCGACCACAUCAUGCUCCCAAGGAGACCAGUGCGAGCAAGAGAUCGUGCUCUGCCAGAAUGGAGGCUACUGGGAUGGGAUCAAGUGUGUGUGCACGGACCUCUACCAGGGGCCAAAGUGUGAGGACGUGGUCCCCAGCAUUGAGAUAGCACCUCCGCCGGAGACUGUCUCCGCCCAGGUAGAAAUGACCGUGACAGUGACCAAUAUGGAGUUCACCAAAGAACUAGAAGACCGGACUUCUGUAGCAUUCCAAAACUUCAAUGACACAUUCACAAAGGAGAUGAAAACUGCUUAUGAUGGAAUCCCUGAGUAUCAAGGAGUCAACAUCACAAGGCUGUCUGCUGGCAGCGUGGUGGUGGAACAUGAAGUCAUUCUGAAGGCCAAGUUCACCCCAGAAUACAUGGGAGCUUUGGAUAAGGUCACCCAGCAGGUGACAGAAAUAAUCAAGAAUGUAACAAAACAGCAUAUAAGCACAAACAAUAUCUGCACAAGCACACUGUGUUACAACACGACCUCCACCAAGGUGCAAAAUAUCACAAUUACCCAAUAUGAUCCCGAAAAGGAAUGCCAGGAGAAGGUUGGGAAAGAAUAUGCUGAAUACUUCUUCGUGGAAUACAAGAAUCAGAAACCAAACUGCAUCACUCGCUGCAUGCCAGGCUUCAACAAUUCCAUGAACUGCCACUUUGGGAAGUGCCAGCUAGAACGGAGCGGCCCUCGGUGUUACUGCCUGACCACAGACACUGAGUGGUACAGUGGGGAAACCUGUGAGUUCAGCACCAAGAAAAGCCUGGUGUUUGGGCUUGUGGGGGCAGCCUUCGCCGUGGUGCUCAUCGCCAUUGCUGUUCUUGUGCUGUUCAUGUUCCGUUCCAAGAAAGAGGUGAACAAGCAGAAGGCUAAAGUGACUCAGUUGUACAAGUGGCAUGAAGAAGAUGGAGGACCAGAACCUGGGACCUUCCAAAACAUUGGUUUUGACAUCUGUGAAGAUCAAGAGGACUCCAUCCACUUGGACACCAUUUAUAAUAACUUCCAGCCCUCCUUGGACCACAUAGACUCUGAAACAAAGAUCAAAAUUCAGAGGCCUCAGGUGAUGAUGACAUCAAUUUAAGGCAAAGGCAAUUUCACAUGGAGCUGGGAGUGAGGAAAGCUCACUUUGGCUAAGCCUGGUGAAACAUUUCCCCACUGAGAGCAUUCCAUGGAACCUGAUGAAAAACAAAACCUGCACCAAGGAGGAACAGGAGAGAUACCACGAUGCUGGGAAACUCUCAAGUAGAAACACCAUGGAGAAACUCAUGUGGCCUUGUAAUGAUCUCAGGCGAGGCCCUUCUGUUCAUAUAGGAAAGUUCUUCCUCCCGCCUGCCUUGCUUCAGCACCAAGGACAGCACCUGGAUCAACCGCUUGCGGUUGCUCACUUAAACACAGAACUGAACUUUACAUUAUAGAAAACGCUCUUGUAAGAUUUACUGCCCUUCAUCUUCGUGAAAAACAUGUUUUAAAACAUUGAGCAUUUUCUUUGAAUAUGUAGGAUUAAGUUAUGUAAAAGUAUUAUGUAGAAUCUUUUUAAAGUUCUAAUACAUAUCUAUAGAUUCUGA